GUCUACACUCACAAUCACACAAAACUUCAUCAUAGCUUAAACCAAAACAACUCGAACCUCUAUAGUACCCACCACAUUUAUCAUUCACUCCACUCCACACUAUAUCACCCCACCCCCUCUUGUCAUCUCCUCAAAACAUGGAACAGGUUCAUGUCCCUAUAGAAAACGAAAUUCAACUAACCACUUCCAUUUCUUCUUCUUCCGCCAUUGAAGAUAAUAAUAAUAACAAAACCAAACCCAAAGGUGAUGGAAAACACCCACUAUACCGUGGAGUUCGAAUGCGUCAUUGGGGAAAAUGGGUUUCGGAAAUUCGAGAGCCCAAGAAAAAAUCCAGAAUCUGGCUCGGUACUUUCCCAACACCGGAAAUGGCGGCCCGAGCCCACGACGUUGCGGCCCAAGCCAUUAAAGGUAGUUCGGCUUACCUCAAUUUCCCUGAAUUAGCCGACCAACUUCCUCGCCCGGCUACUAAUUCUCCUAAGGAUAUUCAAGCCGCCGCCGCUAAAGCAGCUUCUAUGGGUUAUCUCCAUGAAGCCCAGGCCCAGGCCCAUGACAUGAAAGACGAGGAUGACAUGUUUUAUGACCUCCCUGAUCUUUUACUCGACUCAAAUAAGAAUUCAAGUGAGCUUCGUUAUUCUUCUAUCUCUGAGCCGUGGCUCGUGGCUGGAGCUGAACAUCCAAGCUCCGGCUUUGGGCUGGAUGAGCCUUUCCCGUGGGAGCCAUACUAAUUUUGUUUAAGAAAUCGGUGCUAAGGAACACAUACGAAAGUUUUGAUACCUAGUUAAUUUGCAAGCUUCUCAAAUAUUGUGGCUCCCUUUUGUAAAUGCCAAUUGGGCAGUAUUUGCAAGGAAUGAAAGAAAUAAAAAUGCAAGCAGUAAGGUAAGGUAUGAUAUUUUUCUGACCAUUUUGGUGAAAGAUAAAAGAUGUUGAACUUAAAGCAAGAUGAAACAAAGUAGUAGUAGUUUGUCACUUAUCGGUACAAAAAUAGAAUGAAAAAGAUAGCAAUGACCAUUUAGAGUUCUUAUAGUUGAAUUGAAUUAGUGAACUGUAUGACUAGUAUUGAGAAUGGUAGAUUCCUUCAAACUUUCAAAGCAUACUAUUACUGUCGUGUCUUACUUUACUACACAUUUUGAGGUGGGUUGUUACAUAGACAAGAGACAAGUGAGUUUACCUAAAAAAAAAUGUUACUCCAUCUCCUAUUAC